UAUGUUUUUAUUCAUGGUGAAAAAGAUUUUCGAAAAUAUUGUCAAAUGAAAUGAAAAGUUAAAAAUCAAUCUCUGUUGUGUUCUUUUGAACGUGCCUAACUGUCUACUAGAAGAAACGCGCAAAAUUUCUGAUUGGCUGAUCUUUUCUCUAUUACUUUUCCGUUUUUCGGAUUCCGGCUGCCAUAGGACAGCACCCUCACUCCAUGGGGAGCCCCAUGGUUGAAAAUCGGAACGAAAAGCUUACAAUUGGUUGAUCCCCUCCAUUCCGCCUUUCCGAUUCCGUUUUCCGAGGCCCAUGGGACAGCACGCUGGACCCUGGCUGCUUUUCUUUUAGGGAAUACAAUCGACACAAGCGUCGUUCUAUCUUUUUUAUGUUCAAUGAGUAACAAAGAUAGAACGAUACUUGUGUCGAUUGUGUUCCGUAAAAGGAAAACAGCCUUUGACAGAAAUAUCUUUUCCCAUUCUAACUUAUUGCCUAUUACCAGUACAGCAGUGCAGCGACAAAGAACAGGCCUAUAUUUAAAAAGAAGAAGAAAGUUUUGGAACGCAAUCAAGGAGGGACGGAAGACAUUACGAAAUAGAAAAAAAAGUGCUGUGGCCCGUACCCCAUAGCAGCUCUCAAGUCUCAGGUUUUUCUCUGGAAGAGACCAACAAAAUGGCAACUUACGUUUGCGUGGAAAUAGAGACGAGCUUACUGGUGAUCAUUCUGGAUGUAAAUCCAUUACAACGGAUAGUAAAGCAAGAAAUGAAGAUACUAUCACAGUGUUUAGACUCCACAAUUAUCUUUGCGAAAGCUCAUCUCGUGCAGUCAUCUAAUAAUGAAUUGGCAAUAAUGGCAUGCCAUGGUCACAGUGCUAAAUUCCUCUACCCUUAUGAAACCACAGCAGAAAUAAGGCAGAUGGAUGACCAGUAUGAAAAGUUUAUCAUGGUGGAACGUACAGUGUGUCAACAAUUACAGCAGGUUAUCAACGAAGUCCCUACGGAUAUUCCACUGAACAAAGAAAGUCUCAUCUCUGGUGCGCUCAGCAUGGCAUUAUGCUAUAUCGCUCGAUUAGAGAGAGAACAGAUAGCUGGUCAGAGUUGCCAGACUAGAAUACUAGUCAUUACAACCAGCAACAACUCAGCAACUCAGUACAUGAACUACAUAAAUAUAUUCUUCACUGCAAAGAGAAUGAAUGUCAUUUUAGAUGUGUGCAGUCUGGAUCAGGAGCUGAUAGUAUUGCAACAAGGCUGUCACAUUACUGGUGGUAAUUAUUUGAAGGUGCUACAGCUUGAUGAAUUACUGCAGGAUUUAUUGUGUGUUUUCCUGCCUGAUCCUAGUGUUAGGUCAGAAUUGGUUCUUCCUUCGCCAGUAAAAGUGGAUUAUAGAGCAGCAUGUUUUUGUCAUCAGGAGCUUAUUGAUAUUGGAUAUGUUUGUUCUAAAUGUUUUACAAUUUUCUGCAAGUUCAAUUCAAUAUGCACCACUUGUCACACGAUACUCAAAAUGCCGAGACCUAUACUGAUGAAGAAAAAGUUGGCGUUUGGUUCUCGCCACACAUUAUUUGUAUUCUGUGUCGGAGUCAAAUAUUCAAAUGAAGAAAUGAUAAAAGAUAUAAAGAGGUUCAUCAUAUCGAUAAUGGAAUGUUUUGCUAUACUAAUAAUAUUCCCAAUGCUAUUGGCGCAGCUUGCAGAAUAAAAUUCAAAUAGAAUUGCGUAUACAUGGUAUAACAUUCGAUGGCAAUCAGACGACGUAUAAAUAAUUAACACAGUUGGAGGGAGAAAUUGGAGAGAGAGACGCACGCAGAUUCCGUCGUUAAUCGUCGCAGCAGCUUAUGUCGUUAUAAUAUCUUGACAUCGAAUACUGGAUAUCCUUGUGUGAUUUUCACGCGUAUGUUUCUCUUCAGUGAUGGAUUUGCGUUUUGUUUUGUUUGCGAUCUUUUUGAUUCUCAAUGCGGCUUUUGUUUGUUCCACAGGUAGAAAAAAUUCAAGAUUAUUGUAAAUAUUCAUUUCAAGUGUUACACAUCGUCAGAAUGACUGCAUUAUUUUACUUUAUUCGAUAUCACCAGUAAAGAUAUCAUUUACACAAACAUUUAAUUUACAAUAUUUGAUAAUGUGUAACGUUUUCAAACAUGUAAUUUUAAGUUGUUCACAACAUUA